AUGCAUUUCUCUCAUUCCUUGUUUUCUUUGAACUAUUGUAUUAGAAUGCAUGUUUCGUAUUUUCACAUCGACCAUUGUUUAAAGGUCCAUUGAUGGUGACCACCAAAAUGAUUUUGUGUGCCCAGACAUCGAUGACGUCACUAAAAGUUGGGGUGAAGUAGGAACGAUUACAUAAAAGAGGCGACACUCUAAACACAAGACUCAGUCUUGGGUAAACCAUGAUCAUGCUGGGGAAGACAUUGACUGUUCUUUUGGCGGUGGCAUUUGCUACAUGCAGCGCCUCGGGAGUUUCUAACUACGUCCGCUGGGGGAACAGCAGCUGUCCAGUGGGGACCGGAGCUGCUUUGAUCUACUCAGGUUUUGUGGCCGGUACCUGGUACGGUAAUGCCGGCGGCGGCUCCAACUUCCUCUGCCUGCCGCCCGACCCUGAGUGGCACAGCUACGACGACAGCCUGAACGGCGAGCGAGCACGGCUUGCCGGCGGGGAGUUCCAGACCAACCAGCACGGUCCUCUACUCGACCUCCACCAGACCGACGCUCUGUGCUCCGUCUGCCUCGUUCCCAGGGCAACCACCCUCAUGAUUCCCGCCAAAACGACGUGCCCUAGCGGUUGGACGCGGGAGUACAUCGGCUACCUCAUGACGGAGAAGUAUACCCACCACCGCGCCGACUUCAUCUGCGUGGACGAGGGGGCCGAGGGGGAGUUCGGGAGCGAGGCUAACGAUAACGGGGCCCUGAUAUACCACGUUGAGGGCAGGUGUAACUAUAACCUCCCCUGUCCACCUUACGUUAACGGCCGUGAGCUCACCUGUGUUGUGUGUUCCGCAAACCCCAAGUAGAGUCCUUUGGCCGCACCUGGGACAAUUACUGUCUUUAUAAUAUCGAGAUCGUAUGAGUUAGCUAGCACUGAAUGGCAGCCACUCUAGACCCUGGCGAUUUAGCCCCACCAAUUGUAAGUUACACGCAAUCAAGAUAGCCCCUGGCUUCGAAAACAGUGUAAUCGGCUCACACAAUAACAACAGCCCAUGCACUUAAAUAUACGACUAAAAGAUACAUAACUGUAGUUUAAUCAACAUUAUUUGCGAUAUGUCAACAUUUCUUUGGUCUCAUUAAAUGAAAAUGCAAUAAGACUAAAUAAGAUUUUGUUUUUCGUUUAUUCUUUUCCACAAAAGAGAUUGAUUUGCUCAGUUUUAAUGCCAAUUGAAAUCAUGUGACGGCUUCAUGUGCAUACGCCCUAUAGACUAUGUGUUGUCAUUGAGAUAUAUAUUUAGCCUGAUUUAGAUUCAUCACGUGAUAUAUGCAUACACACUCAGUGUUCUUUACCACCGAAUAUGCCUCCCCCCACACCCCAACCAAUUAAGGACGGUCAUGUCUUUAUAUGAAUAUUGUUUAUCAUCAUAAACUAUGAAUGCGUCUAUCUCUUGUUCCAAUGUAGAUCUAAUAUGUUAACAGUUUUUAAUCUCCAGAAGUUUGCUUGUGUAGAAAAGCUAGUAAACUGAAAAAAGAAAUAGGGCAGGGUCACUACAUAAUGAACUUUGUAAGAGGGUACUCACGGUCGAAAAUGUCGUCUGAAAUUAUAACAAGGAAUCGCUUGAGGCUACGCUUGUUACGGUCACCGUGCGUUUAGUUAACCUCUAAAUCAACCAUCGAUUCUUUAUACGUAUUUUCAAUCUAUUUCAUAUACCAACACAAUUAGCAAGCUAGCGUUAGCAAUAGCAUUUUCACAAAGGGUAGUAUUUUGUCACAGCCCCCGGCUAGUUGGAUAGCAACGUAUACGAUACGCACAUCAACAAACAAUGAAAACGAAGAAAUACGCACAUUCUGCAUCUCACUACCCACAAAUCAAAGAAAUAUAUAGCUAAUAACUGAAUGACUUCUGAAUGUUGGUUGCAAAAUUUGUGGCCAUGGUUUUCAAGAUUAAGAUUAGUCAAAAGCCAUAUGCCUCACUAUAGAAUACAAAGGCCCAUUGAAUCCAUCCGCGGAAUUCAUUAAUCAUACAACUGACAGCCUAGUUGAACAGGGGUUUUCUAUUGUGUCACAAUGUUAAGUUAAAGAUAAUCACAUGAUGAAAUUACAAGUGACCCAAGGUCAAUUGAAUGACAAGCAUUUUGCCAAGGCUUGGCAUAUUUAAAACUGAAUGGAUGAGUCACCAAGUAUGGACAUGAGUACUGAAAAAAAGGGGUGCAAGUAUAACAAGAACUUGUUUCAAAUGUUACGUAACGUAGUGUUUGUACAAAAUUUUGUUUUCAGUCGCUUUUUGCGUCAUAAAAGAACAGUUCGAUGA